AUGGUCCGGUGGCUGCAGAGGGUGUGUGGAGGAGUGGCGGCCGUUCUGAGUGGUGGGCUGGCCAUGGUGUAUGGGAGUGCCUUGAGCAGUCCUGUCGAAGCGGUGACUGAUCGGGCAGCAGCCCGAGGAUUUUGCGAACAUUCACAGUACGUCACCUCCUAUCGCUGCCAACGCUGCUUUGCCGUGGGCCACCGAUCAGCCCUUUGGCUUGCUCAUGGCUUGCGUUUUGGCACGGGGGUUCCAGUGUAUGGCUUGUCAAUGUCGGACCCCGGGGAUCCACGGGCUGCACGGGCACGCGACCAUUGGGCCCACAGUGAUGAGGUGGGCUUGCGCUACCACGGCAGAUUGAUCAAUGGACAUGGCCCUGAACGUGAUUGGAGGUUAUCGGAGCGUCCACCUGACUCACUGCAACGCUCGCAUGUGUUGGGUGAAAUCCGCCUACGGCCCCAGGAGCUGCUGUUUAUUGUCAUGCAUGAACACGCUCAUCUCCGCUGCAGGGAUACACUUCGACUCUUUGCCAUCCAACAGUUUCGGAUAUGGACUUCGGCCUUGGGCGCCUACUUUUUGCUCGCACCACGCUCAACCAUCUUCCGACGUGUUCGUUUGCUCGCAUGCAACCACCUCGGCUCGACGGCCUGUGCCGAGUCCUUUUCUUGA